AUGGUAAAAUUUGGUGAACAUUUGAAGCGAUCUUUGAUUCGUGAGUACAGUUAUUACUAUAUCAGUUACAAUGACUUGAAGACGGAGUUACAGGAAUCCUUGGAAGCUAACAACGGAAAAUGGAACGAGGAUUUGGAGACUCAGUUUUUGGAGUCCUUGGAAAUUGAAUUGGAUAAAGUGUACACUUUUUGCAAAGUGAAGCAUAACGAGGUAGUGCGUCGUAUCAAGCAAGCCCAGGAACAAGUUUCUGUCGCUGUGCGUUCUUUGGAUACAAAUGUUCCGGUUACAGAUUUGGAUUUCCAAAUCUUAGAAGAAGAAUUGUCUGAUAUCAUUGCUGAUGUGCAUGAUUUGGCCAAGUUUGCCAGGUUAAACUACACCGGUUUGCAAAAAAUUAUUAAGAAGCAUGAUAAGAAUACCAAUUUCAUCUUGAAACCUAUUUUCCAAGUCAGAAUGGAUGCCAAACCGUUCUUUAAAGAAAAUUACGAUGAAUUGGUGGUGAAACUUUCACAACUUUACGAUAUCGUUAGAACCAGGGGUAAUCCUGUAAAGGGUGAUUCUGCUGCUGGUGGGAAACAACAAAAUUUCGUUAGACAAACUACAAAGUAUUGGGUUCAUCCAGAUAAUAUUACAGAGUUGAAAUUGAUCAUCCUAAAGCAUUUGCCGGUUCUUGUUUUCAACACUAACAAAGAGUUUGAAAAAGAAGACAGUGCCAUUACCUCUAUUUAUUACGAUAACGAGGACCUUGAUCUAUACUACGGUCGUUUGAGGAAGGAUGAAGGUGCUGAGGCGCAUAGAUUGAGAUGGUACGGUGGUAUGAGCUCUGACACAAUUUUCGUCGAACGAAAGACACAUAGAGAAGAUUGGACUGGUGAAAAAUCGGUCAAAGCUCGUUUCGCAUUGAAGGAAAAGUACGUUAAUGAUUUCUUGCAUGGGAAGUAUACUGUAGAACAAGCGUUCGCCAAGAUGCGUAGAGAGGGGAAGAAAUCAAUCCAAGAAAUUGAGAAUCUAGAGGCGUUGGCUACAGAAACACAGUAUACAAUGCUCAAGAAGAAACUAAGACCAGUGGCCAGAAGUUUCUAUAACAGAACUGCUUUCCAAUUGCCUGGUGAUGCCCGCGUGCGUAUUUCUUUAGAUACUGAAUUGUCCAUGGUAAGGGAGGAUAACUUUGAUGGUCAUGACAGAACCAACGGUAACUGGAGAAGAAUGGAUAUUGGUGUAGAUUGGCCAUUCAAUCAGUUGCCUGAAAAAGACAUUUGUAGAUUCCCUUACGCUGUUUUGGAAGUCAAACUACAAACUCAAAUGGGUCAAGAGCCUCCAGAAUGGGUCAGAGAAUUAGUGGGCUCGCAUUUAGUUGAACCUGUGCCUAAGUUUUCUAAAUUCAUUCACGGUGUCGCGUCACUUCUCAACGACAGAGUCAGUUCUAUUCCAUUUUGGCUACCUCAAAUGGAUGUUGAUAUCAGGAAACCCGCCAUCCCAACUCACAUCAAUAUCACAAGACCUGGAAGAGAUGAUGAAGACGAAUAUGAGGACACUGAAGAUGAAGAGUUGGCUGCUCCAGGGAACUCCUACGAUAUCGAAGAAGCAGCUGGAGAAGCCGGUACCGCACCUGCUGGACAAUCCUCUACUGGGAACUAUGGUUCUAUAACUCAAGAUUCAGCUCGCGCUGGGAACACAGCGGAUUCUCCAGCCGCUAGUGAAAAUUCCGCAGCUCUUCUGCGCAAUAUCAGACAAGCUUCUAAUCCAGUGGCCAAAUAUUGGCACACAUUAGUGUACCAAAUAGAUCACUACCUCUACGGCGACCAAGUUUCUAAGGUUCCCGAAGGUACUGUCUUUGAUACAUACGUCCAUGCCCCACCGGGGAAAACCAUAUGUGUGCCGGUGCGUGUGGAACCAAAAGUGUAUUUUGCCACUGAAAGAACUUUACUUUCAUGGAUAUCUAUCGGACUUGUUUUGGGCGGUGUGUCCACAAGUUUCUUAACUUAUGGUACGCCAACCACAAUGGUCGCCUCUACUGGUUUCUUCUUGACUGCACUCUUCACCAUCUGGUUUAGUACCUACACGUACUGUAAACGUGUUGUCAAUAUCAGAAUGAAGCGCUCCAUCGAUUACGAGGAUAAGUACGGUCCUCGUAUGAUCUGUGCAUUCUUGAUGGCCUCCAUCUUGUUUACCUUCUUCUGCAAUCUUGUAUGA